ACGGGCAUGUGGCAGCCCUGGCCGUGUGGGAGUAAGGCCCACGGCCACUGGGCUGGAAGCCUGGGCCUCACCCACUCCCUCCCGUGCUCAGCCUCCUGGAGCCGCCUCUGUAACCCUUUGCUUUCCUGAGAGGAGCCAGGUGCUUUGAAGGAACCUCCAAUGGGGGCCAGCGUCUAGGGUGUCUGUGCUGAGGAGGUGGAGGGUGGGGGUCCCAGGGACCAUGGCCUGGAAAGGGAAGUGGUGUUUUCCACAAGACUCUUGUGCCAGAGCCACAGGGGCAAAACAAGCACAAGACUGUGUCAGAACCUCCCUGGGGGGGGGGGGUUGUGGGUCCCCAGUUCCUGGCAUGCAGCCCCAAUCCUGGGGCCUGGCUGCCAGCUUCUGCCUGGGCUGGCAUAGGGGACACACAGUUGGCCAUUCUGGCUCUGAGCUGGCUGGGCACAAGGUGUCAGGGUGAGGGGGUCCCUUAGGGGCCUCAAGCAGGAGGGCUGAGGGCACUGCCGGUUUGUCUGUUCAUGGUGGGCAGCUUUGUGUGGCCACCAGUGCUGGGUGGUGUGGGUUUGGUAUGUUCUCUCCUGGCUCAGCACGGGCCUGUCAGCCCAGUGUCCUUUGGGCCUGCCCUUCCCCUAGCAUCCCUGGUUGGAAGGGUGUUCUUGCAGGGCUACAGGCAGGCGGGGACUGGCUGCUGGUUAAAUUUAGUGUGGGGGGUGGGGCAGCUGCCCAAGGUCCACCUGCCACCAGGGCUGCCACUUGGGCUCUGCUGCCAGGGGGCGGGCAGGGGCUGGCUCUGCCUGGGGCCAGGCCCAUAUUAACCUGUGCCCCUGUCUCAGGGCCAGAGGGGCAGGCCUGCGCACUGGGAGGCCGUUGUGGCAGCGGAGCAGAGAAGUGCAAGGUGAGAGGCCUGGGGGCCGGCUGUCCUGACCCCUGUAGGGUCAGGUUUCGUGGUGGCUGCUGGGGUGGGCCAGCACUGAGCCUGGCCUUUGGGCUCGGCAGGCCUGUGGAGGUGGGUCUCUGACGACCUAUCCUGGCUCAUUUCCUACUCUCUUCUCCAAUCGGGAACAAGAAGGCCAGAGAACUCAGGUCACCCCUAGCCUGGGGUGUGUCCCAAGGGCAACCCCCAGCUGGUGCCUGGUGAAAGGGCAGCCACGGUGUGAGCUGUCCCAGGGCCCAGGGCUGGACUGCCUGGCUCCAGUCCCCUCCCCCAGCCCCUCGCAGUGCUCAUCAGGGACCAAGGUCCAGCUACAGAGCUCUCGCAGCCUCUGGGCCAUAGGUGCCAGCCCUGGAGAAGCCAGAUGGAACCCAGAGCCUGAAUACCCCUCCCCUCCCCCCAGCACCCCCUGGAUUCCUGAAGCCUGGCUCAGUUACUAAGGAGACAGGUCCGCUGGCCCAAGCAAAGAUGCAGGUGCCACGAGGCCUAGGCCUUGGCCAAGCCCUGCUGGGGUAAAUCCCAGCAGCCCAGGCUCCAGUCUCACCUCGGGGGUCCCUCCUUUCCAGCUCUGCCAGCCCCUCAGGGCUGCUGGGCACUCCCUUCACCUCCUGAACACCCUAGGCGCUCAGCCCCCAGCCCCACAUCUAGUCCCUCAGAGCUGUCCGGACCGGGACUGACGUCUGUACCUACCCCCCAUGUGGGUCUCCUGCUCUCCCUUCAUGGGGACACUGGGCCUUGCCCCAAGCCCCGCCUGCUGCCUCACCCACUGCCUCUGCCUCCCUGGAGCAGAGCUGUUCCCAGACGGGGGGGCGGGGCCCAACUGUCCCCAGCUCCUUCAGCCCUUUCUGUCUCUCCCAGUGGGGCCAGCUGCGGUGAAGAGGGUGCCCUCUUGCCUGGCGUCCCCUCUGCUACGGCUGCCUCCUCCCAGCCGUGGCCCACUGAGCCAGACCCAGCUGUCCCCACUCCCACUUCUGGUCCUGCCACCUCCUGAGCCGCUUUCCCACCUGGUCUGGGUAGAGUCAUGGCCUCAAGCACAGGUGACCAGAGCCAGGCGGUGAGGAACGGACUGAGGACGAAGGUGCUGACGCUGCACAGCAUGAAUCCGCGUGUGCGGCGAGUGGAGUACGCAGUGCGUGGCCCCAUAGUGCAGCGAGCCUUGGAGCUGGAGCAGGAGCUGCGCCAGGGUGUGAAGAAGCCUUUCACCGAGGUCAUCCGUGCCAACAUCGGGGACGCACAGGCUAUGGGGCAGAGGCCCAUCACCUUCCUGCGCCAGGUCCUGGCUCUCUGUGUCAACCCCGAUCUUCUGACCAGCCCCAGCUUCCCUGACGAUGCCAAAAAGAGGGCGGAGCGCAUCCUGCAGGCGUGUGGGGGCCACAGCCUGGGGGCCUACAGCGUCAGCUCUGGCAUCCAGCUGAUCCGGGAGGACGUGGCGAAGUACAUUGAGAGGCGCGACGGAGGCAUCCCUGCGGACCCCAACAAUGUCUUCCUGUCCACAGGGGCCAGCGACGCCAUCGUGACGGUGCUGAAGCUGCUGGUGGCUGGCGAGGGCCACACACGCACAGGUGUGCUCAUUCCCAUCCCCCAGUACCCACUCUACUCGGCCACACUGGCAGAGCUGGGCGCAGUGCAGGUGGAUUACUACCUGGACGAGGAACGCGCCUGGGCGUUGGACGUGUCCGAGCUUCACCGUGCACUGUGUCAGGCGCGUGGCCACUGCCACCCUCGUGCGCUGUGUGUCAUCAACCCUGGCAACCCCACUGGUGCGUUCCCGCCGCCCCACCCCACUCCUCCGGCACCCUUGUGCGCCCUAGCCCAGGCAGUGCCAGGUCUGCCAUCCCCCGGCUGCCCAGUGGAGGGCAGUGCGCCCCCUUGGCUCACCCAGCCCUGCUGCCUCCCCCACACCCCAGGGCAGGUGCAGACCCGCGAGUGCAUCGAGGCUGUGAUCCGCUUCGCCUUCGAAGAGCGGCUCUUUCUGCUGGCGGACGAGGUGCGUGGCGCAGGGGAGCGGGAAGCCGGGCAACAGCCAGCCCCCGUGACGCCUUGCGCCUUUCCAGGUGUAUCAGGACAACGUGUACGCUGCGGGCUCCCAGUUCCACUCAUUCAAGAAGGUGCUCAUGGAGAUGGGGCCACCCUAUGCCGGGCAGCAGGAGCUCGCCUCCUUCCACUCCACCUCCAAGGGCUACAUGGGCGAGUGCGUGCAGGCGAGGCGGGUGGGGGCUCGCGGGCUAUGGCCUGGCCCUCCUCGCCCAGUGGGCCAACUCCUCCGCACCUGGCCUGGACGUGCCCCUCACCUGGCAGGUGCGGGUUCCGCGGCGGCUAUGUGGAGGUGGUGAACAUGGACGCCGAAGUGCAGCAGCAGAUGCUGAAGCUGAUGAGUGUGCGGCUGUGCCCACCGGUGCCAGGCCAGGCCCUGCUGGACCUGGUGGUCAGCCCGCCCGCGCCCACUGACCCCUCCUUCGCGCAGUUCCAGGCUGAGAGGCAGGCAGUGCUGGUGGAGCUGGCAGCCAAAGCCAAGCUCACUGAGCAGGUCUUCAACGAGGCUCCCGGCAUCAGCUGCAACCCAGUGCAGGGCGCCAUGUACUCCUUCCCGCGUGUGCAGCUGCCCCCGCGGGCAGUGGAGUGUGCUCAGGUCAGGCGGGGGCGGGGCUGCGGGGUGGGCAGUGGUGGCCAGGCAUCUCUCCCUGAUGACUGCCUGUUCACAGGAGCUGGGCCUGGCCCCCGACAUGUUCUUCUGCCUGCGCCUCCUGGAGGAGACCGGCAUCUGCGUGGUGCCUGGGAGCGGCUUUGGGCAGCGGGAAGGCACCUACCACUUCCGGAUGACCAUUCUGCCCCCCUUGGAGAAACUGCGGCUGCUGCUGGAGAAGCUGAGCAGAUUUCAUGCCAAAUUCACCCUUGAGUACUCCUGAGCCCAGCCGGGGCCAGGCUGGGCGCCCCGGACUGUGUGCUCAGGGGCCCUGGGGGCUCUGGAGCCCACUGUACUUGCUCUUGCUGCCUGGUGGGCGGGGGCGGGGGCUGGGCCCCUGCCUCUCUGCAGGUCUCUAAUAAAGCUGUGUGGCAGUCUGACUCCAGGGAGGAAGCGCUGGCA